UCGCACUAGAGCCACCGCCAGUGCAGCAAACUGGAAGGCUUGUAUAGGUUGGGCGCAUGCGCCCCGUAAAGCCGCAGGCCAACUGACGCCGGGCUUUCUGGGACUCGUAGUCUGCAGGGAUCGUCCGAGGAGGCGACUGCUCUCCGCCUACAUAUCGGGAAGUCUGGGGGCGGCAGGGCAAGGUCCGCGUCUGCUCUUCACCCCUGGGGUCGGCGCUUUUGCCCCCGGUAGCCCCCCCUACUUAUUACAGGGGGUCCCGAAUUCGCAGAGGCGCCAUUUUCCAAUGGAGUGAUGUAACACACUGGAGCGGCAAUGCUGCCUCGAGCCGGCGUCUCCACGGCAACCCCCUGCCCUCGCCAUCAGUUGGGAGGGUCACCGUAGCGGAAUGGAGGAAUGAGGGGUCGCGGGGGCAGGCGCGCGUGCGCAUGCGCUGCCGAGUCCCGAGGCCCGCUCCGGAGUCCGCAGCGAAGGCGAAGACGACAAGGCCCCGGGAACCAGUGAGAAGAGGAAAGAGUGGAGGCUCUCCAGGCCAACGGGAUGGAGAAAGGGCCCGGCCCAAAGGUGCCAGGGAAGAGACUGCUCAGGGGCCCCAAGAGAGACCGGAAAUCGAUCACCCUGCACGUCAAGCUGGAAGUGCUGAGACGCUUUGAGGAGGGGGAAAAGCUCACGCAGAUCGCCAAGACGCUGGGGCUGGCCACCUCCACGGUGGCUUCCAUCCGGGUCAACCGAGAGAAGAUCAGAGCCAAUUCCCAGGCUGCCACGCCCCUCAGCGCCACCCAGCUGACCCGGUGUCGGGGCGUGGUGAUGGGCAACAUGGAGAGGCUGCUGAGCCUGUGGAUCGAGGACCAGAAGCAGCAGCAGCUGCCCAUCAACACCAUGCUCAUCCAGGAGAAAGCCAAGAGCCUGUUUGAGGCCCUGAAGCAGGAGCAUGGGGAGAGCGCGCAGGCGGAGACCUUCGGAGCCAGCAAUGGCUGGUUUGCCCGGUUCAAGGCUCGGCACAACGUGCUCCUGACUGACGAGCCCGCCGUGGCAGACACGGAAGCAGCGCGCAGGUACCCGGACACGCUGAGAAAGAUCAUAGCCGAUGGCGGGUACACCCCACAGCAGGUUUUCAACAUCGAUGAGACGGGGCUCUUUUGGAAGCGCUUGCCUGAAAGGACGUUCGUGUCUCUGGAGGACCGAGCCGGGCCAGGCUUCAAGGCCUCCAAGGACCACCUGACCUUGCUCCUGGGGGGUAAUGCUGCCGGGGACUGCAAGCUGAAGCCUCUGCUGGUGUAUCCCUCGGAGAACCCACGGGCCCUGAAGGGCUGCUCCAAGCCCAGCCUGCCUGUGAUCUGGAGGUCCAACCGCAACGACUGGGUGACCAUGAGCAUCUUCCAGGAGUGGUUCACCAAUUUCUUCUGUCCCGCUGUGGAGAGGCACUGUGCUGAGAAUCAGCUGCCCCACAAGGCCCUGCUGAUCCUGGACAGCGCCCCGUGCCAUCCGGCCCACCUGGACGACCUCUCCGCCAACAUCAGGGUGGAGUUUCUGCCCAAAAACACAUCAGCCUUGAUCCAGCCCAUGAACCAAGGGGUGAUCGCCACCUUCAAGGCCUUUUACCUGAAGAGGACGCUCUGUCAGCUGCUCCAGGAGACCGACGGGGACGAGAAGCCCAGCAUCCGAGAGUUCUGGCGCAGCUACAACAUCAUGACGGCCGUGGACAACAUCGCCGAGUCCUGGCAGGAGCUCAAGCCGGCGACCAUGAACGCCGUGUGGAGGAAGAUCUGGCCCGAGUGCGUGCGCGCCUCCUCCGAGGCCGAGGCCCAGAUCCAGCAGAGCGUGGUCGCACUUGCCAGCCACAGUGCCUUCGGGGUGGCAGCGGAAGAUGACGUGGUCCGCCUGCUCCGGUCUCACGAGGGAGACCCGUUGGGGGGGGGGCGAGAGGAGGAGCCUCUGGGCGCACCCUCCCCGGGAACUCCCCCGGAGCUGACCACCAAGCACUUGGCAGAAGCCCUCUCCCACUUCGACCAGGGGCUGCAGAUCCUCACCGAGAAUGACCCCAAUCGGGAGCGGAGCCUGAAGGUGCGUCGGGGGGUGAACGGUGCGAUCAGCUGCUAUCGGGAGCUGUACAGGGAGAAGAAACGGGGCGCAAAGUAGAGGACUCUGCGAGUGC